UUGUUCAACGUGUCAUAUGCUAUGAUUAUAUUAACUUAACAAUCAUUUUACGUUUGAAGUUUACAGGCUUAACAAGGAAAAUAACUUCUUUGAAAUUCAUUUUCUAGGGAAAAUAAAAGACAUCUGAAGAUGCAGUGGAGAUCGAUUCUAAAUAUCAUUUAUUUGACGAUAAUGAUAGUCCAGAAAGCAAGAGGUAGAAGUCCUUACCUACAAAACUGUGGACCAAGUUUAGAGUGUCCAGAGGGCUAUGCGUGUCUUCGCCCUGGGUUCGAUAAAGCGAGUACAAAGGCAAGGAUGAAAUGUUAUCCAUGUUGCUGUCAAGACUCAUCGCAAUGUCAUUUUACAAGGAAUAGGACUAUAUACUGCGACUGCGAAGACUCUGGUAACACAGGGGCUUGUUGUGAAAUAAUGCCAACAACAAGUACAACUACUACAGUGCCAACAAGUACAACUACUACAGUGCCAACAACAAGUACAACUAUUACAGUGCCAACAACAAGUACAACUACUACAGUGCCAACAACAAGUACAACUACUACAGUGCCAACAACAAGUAAAACUACUACUGAAACACCAACAAGUGCAACAACAGCAUCGCCAUGCAGAGCAAAUAAUUGUGGUUCGUCAUAUUUAUCAUGCAGUCAACCUAUUAUGGAUUGCUAUGUACUGGACGAGGCCGAUGAUAUAAUUGUGGCGAAUUCAUGGUCACCCUCUUUUACAGCUUUCAUACCAUUUGUUUUCACAUCGGUGGACUGUCGAAAUGCCUGCUUAAAUACUCCUAGCGCUUCUUGUGUUGCAUAUUCGUAUAACAUUGUGGAAAGUGAAUGCUCACUUUAUGACACAACUCCUGCAGACACAAUAAGUGAUGCAAAUGCGGAUUUGUACAUACUGAGAUGCUCAUUCUGUUAGGAUAAUUUAGAAUACUGAUUUUGAAAGUAGAUAAAGUUAAUUUUUAAGUUAGCUUUGCUUUGGUUCAUCUUAUUAUGAAUAUAAAAGUAUAAAUUGGCAUUAAAAUGAUCAUUUGUGUCCUUGUUCAAUUGCUAUUAAAAUAAGAGCGUAAUGUUCAACGAAUACCAUAAUAAAACUAAAAACAA